AUUAUUUUCUUUCGGAGCAAACGAGGCUCAAACAAACAAGUCAUUACAGUUUUCUAUCUGGCACUGCCCUCUCUCUCUGUGCGCACGUUGAUUGUGUAUGAUGGUUCCAAGAGGAAGUUGAUGAGAGAGAAAGUCGUCCAGCUCUGGAAACUCUCAGGACAAUUCUUCACAGGCCAGCUGAGAUCGAGAUGGUGAAGAAGCGAGUCCCCGAUUGGCUCAACAAUUCCCUCUGGUCCUCCUCCACUCCAUCACCACCACCACCACAACCGCCACCACCACCACUCAACGACGACCGUCUCAACUCUUCCGCUCCCAAAUCCACCUCUACCACCACCACCAUCAUCUGCACCUCGGAGUCUCCGAUUGAGCCGCCCUUACCAGUGCCGCCUCCGGCUGCUUCGACACAAGACCCUCCAACAACGGAAAUUAGGGAUUUUGUUGGUGAUAAUAACGACGAUCGGAGCACCGCAACUUCUUCAGCAGAAACUAUUUCUCUUCAGGCUCAGCUCUUACAAGAGCUUUCUAGGAAGGCUAUAAAGAUGGGUGAAUUGCGGAGACUUGCAUCUCAGGGUAUACCAGAUGGUGCUGGGAUUCGUUCUACAGUGUGGAAGCUCUUGUUGGGGUAUCUGCCUAGUGAUCGAGGGCUUUGGUCAUCGGAAUUGGCUAAGAAGAGGUCUCAAUACAAACUUUUCAAAGAGGAGCUUUUGAUGAAUCCUUCAGAAAUUACAAGGAAGUUGGAUACGACUGUGAGUCUUGAAAAGGAGGAACCAAAAAGUGAAGGCAGUGGUUUACUCUCAAGAUUGGAAAUUACACAUGGAGAGCAUCCUUUGAGUCUUGGGAAGACCAGCGUUUGGAAUCAGUUCUUUCAGGACACAGAGAUCAUAGAGCAGAUUGAUCGGGAUGUGAAGCGCACUCAUCCAGACAUGAACUUUUUCUCUGGAGACACAUCAUUUGCAAAAUCCAAUCAGGAGGCUCUGAAGAACAUAUUGAUUGUAUUCGCAAAGUUGAAUCCAGGAAUACGAUAUGUUCAGGGGAUGAAUGAAAUUCUGGCACCUCUGUUCUAUGUAUUCAGAAAUGACCCUGACGAAAAUAAUGCAGUCUCUGCAGAGGCAGACACAUUCUUUUGUUUUGCUGAGUUAUUAAGUGGAUUUCGGGAUCAUUUCUGUCAACAACUUGACAACAGUGUUGUGGGAAUCCGAUCCACAAUUACAAAGUUAUCGCAGCUUUUAAAGGAACAUGAUGAAGAGCUCUGGCGUCAUCUUGAGGUCACAACCAAAGUCAAUCCCCAAUUUUAUGCAUUUAGAUGGAUUACUCUCCUCUUGACUCAAGAAUUCAAUUUUGCUGAUAGUCUUCAAAUUUGGGAUACACUUUUAAGCGACCCAGAAGGUCCUCAAGAAACUGUGCUUCGGGUAUGCUGUGCAAUGCUGAUUCUUGUUCGGAAGCGUUUACUUGCUGGUGAUUUCACAUCUAAUCUCAAGUUACUCCAAAAUUAUCCAUCAACAAGCAUCAGCCACCUGCUCUAUGUGGCCAACAAGUUGCGUACUCGAUCAGCUCGCCAAAUUUUUUAACCAUAACAUUUUCUGUUUCCUUUUUCUGCAGUCUUGUGUUAAAAUUUUGGUGUUUGUAAAAUUUCACUGGUAUGUAAAUCUCAGUUAAAGUAGUAGCCAACGUGAAUGGAGAUUCACUGGUAUAUUUUCAUUUUUUUUUUCUUUAAUUUUUUUUUUUUUAUUGUUUCAGUAGAUGCACAAUCUUUUUUUCAUAUCUUCAUGAGAUGGUUAUAAGAAUUAUUGUUCUUUUUGUUUGUCA